GAUUAUUAUUAUGACUGCACAUAAAAUACACUGCAACAGUUCUGCAAGUCCAACAAAAUAUCAUCAGGUUCAUGCGUCAAAGUCCAUAUAAGUCUUUCUCAUUGGCUGUUACACACACACUCAUCUCUGUCAGCACACACACACACACACUGUGAUUCACUGUGAUAAAGGAGCUCCUGCUCAGCUUGUCACAGCUGUGUACAAAGCCUCUGGAGGAUUUCUAGUUUUUCAUUGGCUUUGAGGCAAAAACAACACUUGUGCAAACUCAAGGGGUGGUGCAAACAAAGGUGUGGCUCCACCUCAGGUAAGGAACGGACACAGUGCCAUGGUUACUGCAUAGAGGGAGGAACCAGAGUCGCACAAAUGGCAGAGCAUGUUAUAGAGACAGGUAAACUCAGGACUAACAUAAUGUUCUUGUGUCGGGUCGUCACAGAGCGGUGACAGUCUCUCGUGUCUGUAACUGAACAGCUGACAUGAUUUUUUUCUGUGGAGCAAUAAGUUGUUAAAAUACCUACAAGGACGACAACCCAAAUCUAUAGACGGGCGUGUGUCAACAUGCUGAAAACUGGCUUUGCUAAAGGAAGACAAUGCCAGGACACAGUGGACGGUGUGACGCCGGCAGAAAGCAGCAGAAGGUGUAUCUGCUCACGGCGUCACUGCCUCUUCUUCAUCCUGGUGUUGGGAGCAGUUCUGUUUUUUUACAGCACGGAUUUAAAGGAGAUGAAACCUGACUGGAACCCUAAAUGGUUGACUUCAUUUAAAAAACAAGAUGUCAUCUCCCCCUCGACGGAUUCCCUCAACAGCGCAACCGGCUCCUCCACAUUCCCUCGUUCUGACAACAUCACAUCACCGAAGGUGACCCAGCAGGAAGCUGAGCCACCAGCACCAGUUCCUUAUAAAUCUCCAGGACCGUAUUUAGUGGAAUACCCCUGGGAGUACCACUUUGUUAUAAACGAGCCAAAGACCUGCGAGCAGCAGAAGCCUUUCCUGGUUCUGAUGGUUCCUGUGGCGCCCCACAACAGGGCUCACCGGGACGUGGUCCGCAGCACCUGGGGAGGUGAGAGCCUGGUUCUGGACAAAGUGGUGAAGCUGUUCUUCCUGCUGGGGCUGCAGACCGGAGAGGGAGCAGAGCAGAUCCAAGAGCAGCUGCUGCAGGAGAGCAAAGAGCACCGAGACCUGAUCCAGAGCGACUUCCUGGACUGCUACAAGAACCUCACCAUCAAGACCAUGGUGAUGCUGGAGUGGCUGGACUCCCACUGCUCCGGCGCCUCUUAUGCCAUGAAGAUUGACUCGGACAUGUUUUUGAAUUUGUCCAACCUCGUCAAGAUGUUGUUAAAUGCUCCAAAGACAAACUACAUGACUGGACUUGUAGCGAGAAACGCUGAAGUCCUCAGAGAUAAAAGUUCUAAGUGGUACGUACCUGAGGAGCUUUACUCUAACCCACAGUACCCACCCUAUCCUUUGGGUCUGGGCUAUGUUCUGUCUUUGGAUCUCCCUAAAAAGCUGGUGGAGGCGUCCAGACACAUCAAACCUAUUUACAUUGAAGACGUGUCUUUGGGGUUGUGUUUGAAGCACUUGGGCAUCAACCCCACCGACCCCCCGAACGGGGGAUAUUUUAACGUGUUUCCGGUGCCGUACAGUCGCUGUGCUUACUCCAGGCUGGUAGCCACCACCACACAUGAACACACUGAUCGUGUGAGGGACUGGAAAGACUUUAUAAAACCAGGUCCAUACUGCUGAUCGAACACAUGACAGCUAAAGAUGGACUAACAUAUUGACACCAGGAAUGAAUUUCCUCAGUUCCUUUUACAAGGUUAAUUCUGUGUUUUGAGGGAUUUCAUCCUGACUCCUGUCAGAUUUUUACAGUGAUAAACAGAACACUUCACCACAGCCAGUUAAAACUUGAGAAGCUCUGUCCUUGAAGGCUGCUGAGGUAAAAGGAGUGACGGCAGGAUUAAUAUUUGUCCAAGGUUGUCAAAUCACUUGGUUCGGAAACAAUGAGACUGGAUGUUUGCCUGGUUUUACAGUCUUAAUGAAACAGGCGGUUGUAUGAGCCCACAUGGCUCCGUGCCAUUCAUGUUUUCUACAGGUUUGUUCUCCAGCAGUAAUCAUGAUGCGGCAGAGAAACUCUGAGACGCGUUGAGACACGUCACAGAUCAGCAGUGUUGCUCUGUAGGACUAAAGUAAAAGCAGGAGUACAGUAAACAUGGUAACAAUAUGUCUUUCAGGAUGCUGACUGAUUGGUGCCUUAUCUCUGUUUAGUAUUCAAACAUUUGAUGCCUGUAAGUAAAGUACAGGGUGUGUUGACCUGAACAUAAUGUAGAAGCCGAGGACUAAAGCUGCACAUAGAGAGAAGACGUCAACACUCUGGUGACACUUGUAGUACAAAGAGCAACUUUAUCUACAAGCCAACAUGUUUCAGCUUGUGGCCUCGCUGCUGCACAGAACUGCUUUCUCAGUUGUUACAGAGUCGCGGAGCUACCGAAGACGACCAGAGGUUUUUUUUUCUCAGACUUUAAUUUUGAGAUUAAAGACAUAAUUC